AUGUCCACGAAAUUCAGCCUCCCAGCCCUCGUCAAAGACACCCGCACCCGCACCAAGAAGUUCAGCAACAAGCGCGACGGCGAGGGCGGCCUCCUGCCAGGGGCAUAUGGCAGCUACGGCGUGUACAGCCCUUCAUCGGUGGCGCCCAGCUUAUGGAGCCCUUAUGCCAGACCGCCUAGGCGCUCCAAGAAGCUCGUCCUGCUCUGGCUGUUUACCUUCUUGAUCAUUGGCUUCCUCACCUGGUACAUUUCAACACGGCGAGGCGCCAUGACAGAGGCUUAUGCCGAGGUCUUGACUGAGGCACCGCCCAAGGAGAUCGUGGUGGACGAAUAG